CAUCAACCCCAGCAAGCCGCCUGAGGUCAUACCGAAGGUAAUAGCUGGCAGCUCAGGUCCGCGAGCCCUCGUCCAUCCGCUAGUCGACUGAUUACCUACCUGACCUUCCUACCCUGUCCUCCCGUCCAACCCCUCAUCCUCACUGAAUCUCGCCUCUUAACCUCGACCCGUUCGAGGCCAUUCGCUUCCUGUCCAAUUCCUCGCGUCAGUCUUGCCCGCCCUCGCCUGCGGCUCACCCCCUCCCGCUCGCCGUUGCGCAUCGCAUCAUCGCCAGCCUCCUCCCAAGACUCGCCCCCCCAAGCGCGCCUCCUCGACCACCAGGGCCGCACCCUCCGCCAACCUUGCCUGUUAGACCAUCGUCGCCGAAACACCACCGGCAGCAGCGACGACGACGACGAGAACGACGGCCGCGAGGCACGAUAUCUAAACCGCAAGACACAUCAUCAUCAGAACGCUCGUCACCAUGUCCCAGCGCGGUCCUUCCGGCUACGGCCUCGGCGGCGGGUCUUCAUCCUACGGAGGCUCCUCUCAGCCCGAGGAGUCGAGCGGGAACAUCCUCGACCAGAUCCGGCCGUACACGAGCAAGGCUGAGGAUGUCCUCGACAACCUCAGCGAGCCCAUUAAGCCCUAUCUCCCAGCCAUUGGCCGCUUCUUGAUUGUAGUCACGUUCCUCGAGGAUGCCCUCCGCAUCAUGACGCAAUGGUCUGAGCAGCUCUUGUACCUACAUGACUACCGGAAAAUUCCCAACGGCAUCACGCACAUCUUCCUCAUUGUCAACGUCAUCGCCAUGGUUACUUGCUCCACCCUCGUCAUCGUUAGGAAGCACUCGGACUACGCCGUCGCCGGCCUCAUGGGGGUCGUCGUCACGCAGGCGCUUGGCUAUGGCCUCAUCUUUGACCUCAAUUUCUUCCUGCGCAAUCUGUCCGUCAUCGGCGGCUUGCUCAUGGUGCUCUCCGACUCGUGGGUGCGCAAGACCAAGGCCUUUGCCGGCCUGCCCCAGAUCGACGAGAAGGACCGCAAGAUGUACUUCCAGCUCGCCGGGCGCGUGCUGCUCAUCUUCCUCUUCGUUGGCUUCGUCUUCAGCGGCCAGUGGUCCGUCUGGCGCGUCGUCGUCUCCCUCAUGGGCGCCGGCGCCUGCGUCAUGGUCGUUGUCGGCUUCAAGGCCAAGUUCAGCGCCACCCUGCUGGUUGUCAUCCUGAGCAUCUUUAACCUCUUGGUCAACAACUUCUGGACGCUGCACCCGCACCACCCUCACAAGGACUUUGCCAAGUACGACUUCUUCCAGAUUCUCUCGAUUGUCGGCGGCCUGCUGCUUCUUGUCAACAGCGGCCCUGGACAGUUCAGCAUCGACGAGAAGAAGAAGGUCUACUAAAGGCCGCCGCGAAGCAGUCCGGCUCCCCUCAAGACUUGUACGUCCUGCGCCGCGUCCUGGCUGAGCGCCUGAAGGCCACGCAGGGCAGUAGCGUUUGGUUACGCCGGGGGAGCUGGUGUUUCCAAGGAGCUUCCUCGCGGACCAUAUUCACGAGCACGUCCGUCAUGAAAUGUCGAAAACAUCUCGCACACACACACAGAGACAAAAACACACAGGCACACACACACACACACAUAUAGAGGGUGCAGUUUUGAGCAGGGUCGGAGGGGACGCGAAUGGGGGAAAACAAGCAGUGUCUGUUUCAGUUUACAAGUUUGCAACGAGUCGGACGUGGUUGAGGCCGCGGCGAUGACGAGCUGUUGCUGUCUAGCUAUGGGUGGAGUUUUGAGUUGCGUCAUUAGGGCCGGUCCGCGCCAAAAGCACUGUUUGGUUGUCGUAGGAUAUAGUACCAGUAUAUGGUAGUAUGACAGGCAGCUCGCAACUUGUAACCAGGCGCGUCUCAACGCCGCUCAACGCCAGAAGACAGACGACCCAAAGCAGUUCGUGCCCGGUAGGUAGUACAUGCAGCAGAUGAUGCGCAUGGCGGUCAUGCAUAAAUCGCCUUCAUCACGUGAUGGUCGAUCUCGCGAGGGGCCCUGGUUGCUCGAGG